UAUAAAUACCCUUCAACCAUGUCCCUGUUUUCCCCAACUUUAAUUUCUUCAACCGCAAAUCCAACAGUCAACCAUCAUGGCUUUCGCAUCUUCUGCAUUGGCUUCUUUCACCUCUUCCUCUCCACAUUUCAUGGGCCAUAAGGUUUCCAUCAAAGAACCGAGCUCCAUGCCGGCACGUGUUCAUUUUCCGCAACUUCGCGUCUCCGCCGCUUGUGCGUCGACGGCUGAGAGAACGGUUUCCCACAUUGCUUGCCCAUCGUCACUGUACGAGGUAUUGGGGAUUCAGAUUGGCGCCACGAGUAAGGAAAUCAAGGCUGCUUACCGGAGACUGGCGCGCGUUCUACACCCUGAUGUCUCGGCUAAUGGUCGAAACGACGUCGCUGCCAACGAGUUCAUCAAAGUACAUGAAGCCUACUCUACGCUAUCGGAUCCUGAGAAACGGGCGGAUUAUGAUCGAACGUUGUUGUUCAGGCCAAGGCGGUCCUUUUCUGUUUCCGUCGAAUCGAUGGCCGGUCCAACGUUUUCUGGGUUUUCUGGUUAUUCGAAACGAACAUGGGAAACCGAUCAAUGUUGGUGAUACUUGAGAUAAACUGUGAAAUCCAUAGAUGGAUUUUGGUUUAUUUUCAUUCUUUUUGGCUUUUGGGGAAUUACUGAUUUGGUGCUAAUUUCGCCUGUAAAUAUAGAAAUAUGUUAACUAAAACAA